GCAACUCAUCACGGCAGUCCGAUUCUCCGCCGCUCGACCACACCACCGAAGCAUCCGGUUCUGGGCCGGGUACGAGGAGAGGGCGCAUCGUAACCCGUUUCGGAUCUCCUUCCAGCUCCCUUCCCAUUUAUUCACUCUAUACUCGUGCACCAAGCUUUGGAGCGUACUCUGCGGACGAUCUCGCAUCAAAUGCUGCGAUAAUCCCUCGUAGCUCCCAAAACUCGACAGCGUCGUCCAACUGGCUUCUCGACCUAUCUGUUGGGCCGUACGAGGAAGCCCGGCUUGCGGGGCCCACCAGGAGUCGCUCUAGUUCCCCCGACAUACGAAAUAGACGCUUAGCGUUCGUUCCUCAGACCCCUGCAUCCCCUGAAGACGAAACCGAAGACGAAGACGAACUCUCCCUCCUACUCGACUACAGCCCUUCUCAUGACAAUGAUCCACCAGAACCCACGUCUCUCCCAUCCUGUGUGGUUUGCGGAGACGAGAUAGAGGGUAUGGUUAUUGACACGCCCUGCGGACACCACCUCGACGUCUCCUGCCUCCGUCUCAUGUUCGAGAACGCGACUCGCGACGAGACGCUCUUCCCUCCGAAGUGCUGUCAACAGCCUAUUAAACUCGACGAUGCAUGGCCGUUCCUUGACAGCUCCCUGAUCGAACUCUACGAGAAGAAGAGCCGCGAGUUCGGCACCAAGGACCGCAUCUACUGCCACAUCCCUGCCUGCUCCGCAUUCCUAGGCGCUGCGACAGCCUCCCCUACGUCCAUCGCCUGCACUUCGCCUUCCUGUCGCGCACAGACCUGUGGCAGCUGCAAGCUCGCCGCGCACCCAGGCCGCACAUGCGCGGACCACUCGGACGACGUCGUGCUCGAACUCGGGCAGGAGGAGGGUUGGCAGCGCUGCCCCUCGUGCAAACACCUCGUAGAGCUCACCGUGGGCUGCUAUCACAUGACGUGCCGGUGCCAGAAGGAGUUCUGCUAUCUCUGCGCGCGGCCGUGGAAGACGUGUCCGUGCCCCCGCUUUGCUGACGUCCCGGACACGGCACCGCCCCCGGGACGUCCUGCGCUGGUUCGUCACAACGCCGCGGUGGGCGGUAUACACGUGGUGGAACGAGAUCGGUGACUUGUUCGGCGCGAUUCGUUAUCUAUGAUGGGUCCUGUGGUUCGCGGUAUGCUAUCAUAAGUACAGGUUCUCACAUCGUAGAGUAUCGUGCGAGUCAGUUACAAGAAGACAAGAGUCUCCGGGUCGUUUUCUGUUCUGGAAUCAUCGUCCUCAUAUACAAUUCCC